UAUUCGUGUGUUUACCUUCCCAAAACUAAAUCAGAUAUAUGCUUAUGUCAGUUUACUUACACUCACAUUGACUAGUUUGCUAGCUGCAGUGUUUAUUGACUAAAUAGUUGGCUGGCUAGGUGAACGAAAUCCGAGGUGUUUGGUCACAGGCAAGUUGGCUGGCUAGGCGAACGAAAUCCGAGGUGUUUGGUCACAGAGGGAAAGUCCAAACCGAAAAUGCUGCCCUACUGUACAACCGGUAAAAGGAAGCGUUGUUCUGUCAGCUCUGACAGCAACCCAGCAAAGAAGCACGCUGUAAACGAAGGUUCUCCCCUCAGGCGCAAGUCUCCCCGGCUGCCACAGUCUCCCCAGGGAAUUAAGGAGAAUUUCCCAUCUCCCCAGAAGUCUGCCUCGCCCAGACGAAAAGGGGGCUCAACUGCAUGUUCUCCCCUAGCACCGAGGGACCCAUACAAGCUGUCCCCACAGAAAGGCUCUCCCAAGAGAGCAUCCCCAUUCAAGGCCUCUGUAGGCACAGGGUGCUUCUACAGCAAGAAGAAAGUGCUCUAUCUGACGCCGCUGGAGAGAAAGCAAGUAAAUGAUAGCAGACCCCUCAGCAGCAAAUCCAGCACCCCCAGUCCCCCAAAGCCUGCGGAAAGGCCGAAAGCUAGAAACGGAAAAAAAUACAAACAGGUUGCUUCCCCCCCAUCUGUGAUAACAAGCCCAAAGCAACAAGUUCUAUCUCUGACAACUAGCCCAAAGCAGCCAUCUUUGACGACGAGCCAUGCUGGGAUCGAAAGCAAAAAUGGCAGCAAGCAAAAAGAGCAGAGUGCAUUUCCCACUGUGAUGUUCUGCAGUAUGAAAGCCAAGCCUAAGCCAAAGCUGUUUGUGGGAGCUGCUUUCUUCAGCACGGGGAAAAAGGCUAACUCGAUGUACAAAAAAUCACUUCUGAAAUCCACGAAGCACAAGCCAGUCCCUAAGGUGGAGAAGAACCUAGUCCAGGUUCCUGUGAAGGAGCAAAUCUGUGAGCCCAAGAAGUCGGCACCGUCUCCUUUGCGAAAUGCCGUUUUUGUGAAGAAACCGGUUGAGGUUCCUCAGCCACCAGCCGAACGUGCAAACCUUGAGGAGCCCAGACCUGCUAACUGUGUCCAGGAGAAGCAAGCUCAAAGUGAGCAAAGAACCCCAGAAAUCCUGUCACCUCCUGCCUUGUCAAAGAAGUACGGGCUAAUCAAGGAAGUGAAGAUUGUUCUGAGGAGGUCCAGUAUCCCCUCUAGUCUUGAGUCCUCUGUAACAGACACAAGCUUCCAGGACUACAGCACACAGGGGUCAGACACGGUGUUUGACAUCAGUGACAUCCAUUCGCCAGUAGUAAAGUGCAGUCCUGAAGAAUCUCCAUCAGUCUACCCCAUCUUCGGUUCCAGAAAGCACCAGAAAAAACGGAGUCUGACUUCCCCAAUAAAGUGCAGUACCCCUUCCGCACUGACUGUCGCCACAACGAGGACCCUCCGGAAGAAGGAUCAGGAGAAACAGUCGCCCGACCAGCUAAUCAUUGACGCUGGCCAGAAGCAGUUUGGUGCCACCACGUGUGCGUCCUGUGGCAUGAUCUAUAGCGCGGACUGUCUUGAGGACAACUUUCAGCACACGCAGUUCCACCAGCGCAUUCUAGACAGUAUCAAGUUUGUGGGUUGGAAGAAGGAGCGAGUGGUAGCUGAAUUUUGGGAUGGAAAAAUCAUACUGGUUCUCCCUGAAGAUCCAAAAUAUGCCGUUAAAAAGGCAGAAGAGGUCCGGAAACUUGCAGACAACGAACUAGGAUUUCAACAGGUCUCUCUCAGUUGUCCCAACAAGGCUAAAACGUACCUGUUUGUCAACUCUAACAAGAUGGUUGUCGGCUGCCUGAUCACUGAACACAUCAGACAGGCCUUCAGGGUACUGGAGCAACCAGAACGAACCAAGGACAUGACGAAAGCAGACUUCAUGGAUCACCACAGGGCCUGGUGCUGCUCCACCUCUCCAGAGACGGCCAUUUGUGGCAUUAGCCGGAUCUGGGUGUUCAGCCUGAUGAGGAGACGGGGCGUCGCCACGCGCUUGGUGGACACUGCAAGAAACACCUUCAUGUAUGGAAGCCAUCUCACCAAGAAGGAAAUCGCCUUUUCUGAUCCCACACCAGACGGCAAGCUCUUUGCCACAAAAUAUUGUGAAACACCCACGUUUUUGGUUUAUAACUUUAUUGGCUAAUUGCUGUAUUAAAAAAAAAAUGUUUGAAAGCAAUCAGACACAUCUGCAUCUGUAAAUUAGUUCAGAUAGGAGUUGUAGCCUACAAUGAUGUUAGCUCAUAAUUGAAGGUACAAGUGUAAGUGGCAUUGUUAAUAUGAAGACUGAUUCCUUUCUUUGCAUUCUUAAAACAGCUUGUAUGCGCAUUGUUGUACAUGCACAAUUUUACAAAUGUAAAUAGUUGAAAUAAAAGUUUUAUCACACAA